CCGGUCCGCGUAGCGCGAGCCCUUUAAGAGCCGGGGGCGUGUAGCGGGCCCGCCCCCUCCCGCCGCCCGUUAAAGGGGCCGUGCCCACGGCACCAGCCUAGCGCGAGCUCGGGUGGAGGGCACCGGACCUGCCCGCGGGCCGGGGAGGCGAGGGCGUGCGUCCGAGCAUUGCGCGGAGCGGCCCUCCGCACCAUGUACACCAUCACCAAGGGGCCCAGCAAGCUGGUCGCGCAGCGCCGCACAGGGCCCACACAGCAGCAAGUGGAGAGCAGGCUCGGCGAGCUCCUGAAAUGCCGGCAGCCCGCGCCGCCCACUCCGCCGCCCCCGCGGGCGCAGCCACCCGGCCCCUGGCCCCUGCUAAGUCCAGGGCCAAGGCUUGUGUUCAAUCGAGUGAAUGGCCGGAGGCCCCCUACCACAUCCCCAUCCAUCGAGGCGACCCAGGAGACCUACACACUGGCCCACGAAGAGAAUGUCCGCUUUGUGUCCGAAGCCUGGCAGCAAGUGGAGCAGCAGCUGGGUGGUGGCCCAGCCGGUGAGAGCAGUCCGAGGCCUGUGCAGUAUGUCGAGAAGACCCCCAACCCCAGACUGCAAAACUUCGUGCCCAUCGACCUGGAUGAGUGGUGGGCACAGCAGUUCCUGGCCAGAAUCACUAACUGCUCCUAGCCGCUGCUUUGGAAGGAACGUUGCCUGCGCGAGCCUGGCCCUGCCACACGGCAGACCCUCUGCUAGGAGAGGACCAUGGCAUCCUGUACCCACUGCAGCAGGGCGUGUUCCCUCUGGGCCAGGCUGGAUGCCAGCCACACCUGAAGUGCCAGCAUUUGGACUUUUGUACCUUCUAACCCCUUGGCCCAGCUGUGCCAGGCUGCCAGGGGCUGAACCUGUCUGACCUCAAUCCUGCUCACUGUGCCUGGGCACCAGCCCCUGGGGCUGGUAUGGCAGAGCUCCAGGUUAAUAAAGUCAAGAA